UCCCAUUUAUUCCGUGCUGAUCAAUUAAAUUGUCGUGUUCUAUUUAAAAGCACGCUUGAAUUCCAACUGGUAUACAUUAAACGUGGCGUAUUCAACCAAGAAAGUAAAAUGAUAAUCUUGCUGUUCUGUGCAUAUUUUUGCUCAUUUGUACUCACUUCAAAUGGACUGGAAUCCAAUCCUUGUGACUGCACAAAUCCGGUGUACACGGACCAACCGACAAAUAUAGUUCACUGUUAUUCCAAAACCAAAUUCUACGAUCAAGUGCACGCAAAUUUCGCCAUUGUAAAUAGUUUUCUAGAUCAAGCGUCGGCAAAGGCCUGCAAUUAUACCGUGUACCGAAACAUUGUGGCUAAAAUGAAGAACUCAAUAUUGCACAUUAUCGACGCAUAUUUCGAAUGCAAAGAAUGCGAUUGCGUAGAAGCCAUCAUGAGCGCUCGUCAGGAGUACGUCAACACCGUAUCAACGCUAUUCGCUCCAUCUUUGGCAUGCUCCUAUGUAACCUGGGAACCCGAAUGCUCUGUUAAUAUUAAACAUGCCACGUACUUUAGCUGUGAAAAUAUUUUGACUACAUUGAUUGGAUGUGCUAACCUUAAGUCAGCAUGCCAACGUCCAAACAUAAGACUUCUAUUCUCUGAGCUACUUUCGAAGAAGACUGUCGACUGUAAUUGCGUGAAGAUAGAUCAACGACCCAUUCCUGUUAGCGAAGAACAGUGCUACUCUCCGGAAUACAUUUCCUCUGUGAAAAAGUUCAUCACCGACAAUUUCGAUCGAGUGAAAGAGACGUAUCACAAUGCCAGCAUAGCCAAUCCACAAUGCGACUAUACAGAAUUCGUGAAGGAUGUGACAGAUCUAGGAGAAAAAACCAUUCAAUGGCCAAACAUUCUUCAACAAGAGUAUCCCACAUUCGAAGAAAUAAAAUCUUUUUUGGAGCAAUUGAGAAUCGCAUCUAAGCAAAUCAACGAAAAGAUUCGUGCGUACAUUAUAAAUGAGACGAAAAGUUGUUAUUUUGCCCCAAGACAAUUGCGACAGUCGGUACUGACAAUAUCCAAUUACGCUCUUCAAAUUUUAACCAAAUGUGUAACGUACCGAGAUCCAAACAAUUCUUUUUGCUAAUCGAAAUGGCCACCCACGACAUUAUUUCGAUAAUAAAGGAACCUUUUCUUACAAAAAAAAAA